AUGUCAAAGUUCUGUGCAGUGCUUGCGUUGUCUUCACCAAGGCAUCUUCACAGCCAAACGGUUCAUCAGGCCGUGUUGGCCGCCAAAACGAUGGGCCUCCAAGCCCUCUUCGGCCCUUGUGCCACGCUGCGGUGUCAGGCGUCGGGGAGGGAUCAUCUGCAGUACGUGGCAGUGCCCAUGACGCUCUCCUUGCCGCUCUUGGUGGAGGUGGAGACCACGGCGUUGCAGGACGCUCACCUUCUCUUGGGCAUUGAAUCUCAUUCCGGUUUGGAGCUCUUGGUGAAUGGCGCUGAAGAGGAAGGAGCUUCCUGCCUCCGCUGGGUGCGCAGUGCUCCGGGCAGCAUGGCGGCGCAAGCUUGGACAAUGAGGCGCGAGAUCAUGUGCGUGCCUUAUGGAUCACCCGGCUUCGCAGGUCCAGGUGAGAGCUCUUGGACUCGCUUCUCGGUGUUUCUAGGCGUGGAUGGGCGGAUCGUGGUGAGGUUCCAGGACGCCGAGUGGGGCAACGUCCUCCCCAAGGAGCCCCUUGAGAUCCUCAAGCGUGCCUCUGUGACCCUCAGCAUCGGCAUCCUCGUCCCAUUGGGCCCCGAAGUCGACGUCCCAACGGGCCCCAUUUUGGGACGGUGGACACCGUCUUCAUCCGUCUUCACUUACAGAGGGGUAGGAUCAAAAAGGGAAGAAAGAUGGGUCGGACAUACAUGCCAGUCUCAUCCAGAGUGCGUCUCUGUGGCUUGGAUUCCACGUCUGGCUAGACGUGGCACGUAA